AUGCAGACAGCCAGUGAUGCUGGGAGUGAGAUGCUAUGGAAGCAGUCUGCGACCUGUCUUACCGAUUCAUCAUCCGGUGAAUACUGUAGCCGUGUUCUUCAAGAAGCCAGCAGCAAUGGGGUGAAUGUCACCUGUAAUGAUUGCGCUCUGGACUACUUGGCCACUCUUGUCAAUGCUCCAUGGGGUCAACAACUUCUCGACCCUGCCUCCGUGAGCAGUCGCAUCUCUCGCUGUUCGGCGAGUGGUUCCUAUAGCGUGACGUAUACUGCGAGCUCAACGCCCACAGCCACGACAACCGCUGUUGCGACUGCUGGCGAUAACGUGCGGUGCAACAUCACGGAUCCCAGUUCGAAUCUCUAUGUUGUUCCCUCAACCGACACAACAUGCUUGGAUAUUUCAACCCUCGCCAACGUAUCCACCCCAGACUUGGCAAACAUGAAUGCUCUCGGGCCAGAUUGCAGUUAUUUGAUGGAGGAUCAGACUUUAUGUCUACCCGACGUCUGCGAAAUCUAUAUGGUCUCCUCUAACGAUACCUGCACGUCUAUUCUCGGGAAUCUGCGAUACCAGAUCUCGACCCCGACCUUUCGGUCAUGGAAUCCCACCAUCAAUUCCGCCUGCUCAAAUCUGCAGGCUUUGGAGGGAGAAUACAUCUGUAUAAGCCCUCCUGGCACUACAGCCAUCCCCAACAGCUUUGCUCUUAAAGCCGCCACAACUGCUAUACCUGUUCCGGCCAACGCCGUUACAACCUCCAAUACUGACUGUGGAUAUUGGUACACAAUCCAAGAUAAUGAUAGUUGUGUCACUGUUGCGUCUAUGUUUUCUAUCGCGGAAAGUGACUUCUAUUUUCUGAAUCCUCAACUCAACAAUACUUGUGACUCCCUAUGGUUGGGAAACAGCUACUGCGUGCAAGCAGUCGGAAGCAUUCAGACAUACUCCGGGUAUGACUCGACCACUAUUAAUUCGCUAUCAGCUUUGACCUCCACGAUCAACGUCAAUGCCACCGUGACAGCGAAUCGCACCACGACUCUCGAUGUGGAUAACAUCGUCCUUAGUGAUCUCAUGACCAACACCGCCUGGUAUAGUGAAUGGGACCGUGUCUGUGAUCUGGACUUGAGCCAGCCUACUCCCACCAUCCCCUUUAAUACGAACAUUCCCUUGGUCACUGCCAGUGAGACGGUGGUUCCACCAGCGAUUAUUGUGCUGCGUCAAGCUGCGAUGACUCCGCGGGAGUUUGUGCAGGUGGUGUCUCCCCUAAUGGUCUCUGCGGAGCAAGCAACAACGACUGGACAUGUUUCAAUUCCGGCUUUGGAGACUGUUGUGAUGCUUAUGGUUACUGGUAAAGAACGCACACACACACACAAAUUCACGUUAACGAACGUUCUCGCCUUCUGA